CGUUCAACAUGCCUCCCAAAACUAGUGGUAAAGCAGCAAAGAAAGGCGGUAAGGCUAAGGCCACCCGUCCUACUGGCGACAAGAGAAAGCGAAAGAGAGGUAGAAAAGAAUCCUACGGUAUUUACAUCUACAAGGUAUUGAAGCAAGUUCACCCAGACACUGGUGUGUCAUCCAAGGCUAUGUCGAUCAUGAACAGCUUCGUCAACGACAUAUUUGAACGUAUCGCCACAGAGGCCUCCAGGUUGGCACACUACAACAAGCGUAGAACCAUUACCAGCAGAGAGGUUCAGACCGCUGUCCGUCUUCUUUUGCCCGGUGAGCUUGCCAAACAUGCAGUCAGUGAAGGAACAAAAGCAGUCACCAAGUAUACCAGUUCGAAGUAGUAUGCUUGUCAUACACAAACCAAACGGCCCUUUUCAGGGCCACCACAUCCUCCAAAAAGAGAACUACCGUGAAAAAAAAACUCACAACAUGCACCUAGAGCUGCCUACUAAUGCAGUGUUAUAUGACAUAUAUGAGCUUACACAUGGAAAUAAAUAUACCAUUACACGAAUGAAUGAAGGAAUACAUAAAUAAACAGAUAAAAUAAAUAAAUCAAUAUGUUUGAAUUAUUGUUGUAAGGUUGUAUAAAUAAGAAUGUUGUAACGUUUAUGAAAACAUGCGUAUUGGAAAAUGUACCUAUUCGUUAAAGUAAUGCUAAUAAACACAGCGAUAUCAAUACGUGGAAAAUCUUAA